GACUCCAGUCAGUAGGUGGCGGUAGUGCACCGUCACUUCGCCCGCGAAACGUCGGUUACAAUCAAAGAAAAAAGUGUCCUGAGUGAGAAGACUGUGCCCAUCGACUGAGCGUGAGUGGAGAGUCCGAAAGUCUCAUCGGUACAGGGUAAAGAUGCAGACGCCAGCGGAAUCCAUCCUCCACAGCGGCUAUUUCCACCCAACACUGCGAUACUGGCAGACCUGUGUCACAGAUUUAAGACCUGACAAUCUCAUCUACCCCAUCUUCAUCACCGACAGUGCAGAUGCAGUGGAGCCCAUCGGCAGCCUGCCAGGACAGGCCAGAUACGGAGUGAACAAGCUGGAGAGCAUGUUGCGGCCGCUUGUGGAGAACGGCUUGAAGUGUGUGCUGAUUUUUGGUGUCCCUGCAAAAAUAGAAAAGGAUGACAGAGGCUCAGGUGCCGACACAGACGACACGCCGGCUGUACUGGCAGUGAAGAAGAUCAGGUAUUUGUUCCCGGAGCUGCUGGUGGCAUGUGACGUCUGCCUGUGUCCCUACACAUCGCACGGACACUGCGGUAUCCUGAACGAUGACGGUACUCUGAACAAUGACGCCAGCUGCCUGCGCUUGGCAGAAGUGGCGCUGGCCUACGCUCGAGCUGGUUGUCACAUCAUCGCUCCGUCAGACAUGAUGGAUGGAAGAGUCAGAGCCAUAAAACAAGCCCUGAUAUCCAAUGGUUUGGGAAACAAGGCUUCAGUGCUGAGCUACAGUGCAAAGUUUGCCUCAUGUUAUUACGGUCCUUUCAGAGAUGCUGCACAGUCCAAACCUGCGUUUGGUGACAGACGCUGCUAUCAGCUGCCUCCUGGAGCGAGAGGACUCGCCCUUCGAGCUGUGGAGCGAGACGUGAGAGAAGGAGCUGACAUGCUGAUGGUGAAACCAGGUCUGCCGUAUCUGGACAUCGUGAGAGAGGUCAAGGACAAGUUCCCCACUCACCCCCUGGCAGUGUACAACGUGUCAGGGGAGUUUGCCAUGAUGUGGCACGGAGCGCAGGCCGGAGCGUUCGACCUGCGGGCCGCUGUGAUGGAGGCCAUGACCGCCUUCCGCAGGGCAGGUGCUGACAUCAUCAUCACCUAUUACACACCACAGCUGCUCAGCUGGCUGAAGGAGUAAAGAACCGAGAUCUGAGGCCAAAGGACGGGUGGACAUAGCGACGGGCCUAGAGACAGAUCAACAGGCAGACUCCUUUUUAAAAGUAUAAAGCUGCUGUUGACUCAGUCACACUAACAAAGAGCACUAAGAAAUAAAAUGUAUGAAAGCAAGCAACCUGUUUACUUUUAGGCCUUCAUUUAGCUUUUUCUGUUCAGUUUUGAGAUAAUAAUUCAAAUAGUAUGACACGUGUUUAUCUCGUGAUCAGUUUUAAAGAGUUUUGAAGGGCUAAUAUGGAGCUAAACACUGAGAAUGUAAACGUUGACAGUCUUGUUGGUGUUUUUCUAGCGGGAAAUGUCUCCUGUGUGUCGUCGGGAUCAGUGUGAAAUGAUCAUCUCUCUUAACUUAUGUGAUUAUGUAAUGUAUAUUUGUAGGAGUCGCUGCCAUACAAAUGUCUGAUAUAUAUACGACUGCUGUCUCAGAUUAACUACUAUCAACCCCCAACAUGCUCUUACUGAGAGGAAAUAAAAUAUUUCAUCCAUAGCUA